AUGUGGUCCAACUUCUUUGUGCAGGAGAAUGACGACGGUCGGAUCGGGGUGGCCGCGGGUGGACAAGGUGGAGGACUGGGUGGGAAGAAGGGUGGACGGGCACAGAGGCGAGUCCCCAAGAUGAGUGACAGCCAGGAGGGGAAGAUCAAGCUGGCCUUCUUUGUGGCCAUCAUCGGCGUGACCCUGACGGUGUUGGGCAUGGGGACAGAGUUCUGGGCGGUGCUGUCCCAACCAAAGCACUUCGGCGGCAACCACACCUGCCAGAUGGCCCACUACGGCCUGUGGAAGGGCUGCAUCCGCACCCUGUUGGUGGCUGACAUCGACCCAGAGAGGACUACCUGCGGCCCUGCUGAACUACCUGGAGAAUCCAACUGCACCUACUUCAAAUUCUUCACCUCUGGGGAGAAUGCAGUCAUAUUCAAGAAGACGACUAACAAGAAUCUGAAUCUUGCAGCAGCCAUCUUGGCCCUGUUGAGUCUGACCAUGAUGGUCACAGGCUCCAUCUGUAUCGGAAUGUCUCUGAGCAAGGGAGUACCCUUCUUUCUCAAACCCGCCGCCUUCAGCUUCAUCCUGUCAGGUGUGCUGGUUCUCUUCUCUAUCCUGAUAUUCCACCAGUCAGUGCUGGCCUUGUUGGACAGUGAUCACUCCAUACCUCUGCACCACGAGCUGUCCUGGUCCGUGGCCUGCGUGGGCUCAGCGGGAGCCGCUCUCAUUUUGGGAGGCGUCCUCUUCAUCAUCCUCUCUCUUCCUUUCAGCCCCUGGCAGAAAUGCUUGCCACACAAGGAUAGCACCACCUAA